AUGAGUAAAAGGUCAUAUUUGUUAAAACCGAUUGACAGCUCCUUUGAAGCUGUCUUACCUCCUGAUAGCCCCAGAUCUGCGAUGCUGCCACCUUUAAAAUUUCCCGAUAUCUAUAACGCUGUAAUCUCCGAAGCUGUUUCACGCUCCCGCAGUCGCAGUGAGUGUCCAAAAGUUAUUAAAAAAGAGCCUAACUAUGAAAAUAAUUCAAUUUUAUCACAGGCAAUUGAUGGUAUUUUCAAAGUUCUACCUCAAAAUACCAUUGGGGAAGUUAAGGCUUAUGAUCUCGUAAGGCUUUUUAUCAGUCUUAAACUAUCAGUGAAUUCGAAAAGUAUCGUCUCUCUCUUUACAGUAGAUGAAAAUAUACCUUUCCAUACGAUAAAUAUCAGCAAACAUCACCUUUUUAUUAUAUGUGAUGACUCCUAUGCUGAAAAAACGCUUGAGAUGUUAACUUCUGAAAGCAAAAAAGAAAAAAAACUCACACUGAACCAUAGGAAUUACAGAGUAAAAAACUCUCAAUCUGAAUUUGACCAAUAUUUAGCAACGAUUAGGAAUAUCUGGGAUAGAAUUGAUACCGGAAAAGUUGGGUAUUUAUUUUGGCUGGAUAUUGCCAAGCAUUUAGUCGAGCUUGGUAUUGUAAAAAAUAUUUCAAUAGGAAAAAAACUUUUAGCGAUUUUUAAAAACGAUAAUGUGAAAUUUUUGCAAUUUCAAACCCUUUUUAGCAAAGGUUUAAUCAGGAAACUGAUAUUGGAUGUCGCAAAGAUUUUGCAGUCAUCGAAAUCACGGCACAUUUCUCCUUUUAUAGCGAUAUCAACAAGGAGAAGAAAAAUUUUGCUGUCAAACGCAAUCAAUAAAUCUCACAACGAAUUGAGCGUUUUUCAGCAAAUCAAUGAUUUCGAAUCAGAGUACAGUAAAAUUUUCAUUAAGAAUGAUAUAUAUCAUAAUUGUUAA